GUGCCUUCCCCCCACCCAUCUGCGGGCCACUCACCAUGGGUGGCUGCUUCUCCAAGCCCAAGCCAGUGGAGCUCAAGAUCGAGGUGGUGCUGCCCGAGAAGGACCGGGGCAAGGAGGAGCUGUCCGCCGGCGGGAAGGGCAGCCCCCGGCCCUACCAGGGCAACGGCACGGCCCGCCACUUCCAUGCAGAGGAACGCCUGUCCGCCCCCCACCCCUACCCUGGCGCCCAGGACUGCGUGGAGGCUGCUGUCUGCCACAUCAAGGACCUGGAGAACGGCCAGAUGCGGGAAGUGGAGCUGGGCUGGGGGAAGGUGUUGCUGGUGAAAGACAACGGGGAGUUCCAUGCCCUGGGCCACAAGUGUCCACACUACGGUGCGCCCCUGGUGAAAGGAGUGCUGUCCCGUGGACGGGUGCGCUGCCCCUGGCAUGGCGCCUGCUUCAACAUCAGCACUGGAGACCUGGAGGACUUCCCUGGACUGGACAGUCUGCACAAGUUCCAGGUGAAGAUUGAGAAGGAGAAGGUGUAUGUCCGGGCCAGCAAGCAGGCCCUGCAACUACAGCGAAGGACCAAGGUGAUGGCCACGUGCAUCUCUCCAAGCACUGGCCACAGCAGCAGCACCAACGUGCUCAUCGUGGGCGCAGGCGCAGCUGGCCUGGUGUGUGCAGAGACGCUGCGGCAGGAGGGCUUCUCAGACAGGAUCGUCCUGUGCACUCUGGACCGGCACCUUCCUUACGACCGGCCCAAGCUUAGCAAGUCUCUGGAUGCACAGCCGGAGCAGCUGGCCCUGAGGUCCAAGGAGUUCUUCCGAGCCCAUGGCAUCGAGGUGCUCACUGAGGCCCAGGUGGUCACGGUGGACGUGAGGAACAAGAAGGCCGUGUUCAAGGAUGGCUUCAAGCUGGAGUACAGCAAGCUGCUGCUGGCACCCGGGAGCAGCCCUAAGACCCUGAGCUGCAAAGGCAAAGACGUGGAGAAUGUGUUCACCAUCCGGACGCCUGAGGACGCCAACCGCGUGGUGAGGCUGGCCCGGGGCCGCAACGCUGUGGUCGUGGGAGCUGGCUUCCUGGGGAUGGAGGUGGCCGCCUACCUGACUGAGAAGGCCCAUUCAGUGUCCGUGGUGGAGCUGGAGGAGACGCCCUUCAGGAGGUUCCUGGGGGAGCGCGUCGGUCGCACCCUCAUGAAGAUGUUUGAGAGCAACCGGGUCAAGUUCUACAUGCAGACGGAGGUGUUGGAGCUGCGGGCCCAGGAGGGAAAGCUGAAGGAGGUCGUGCUGAAGAGCAGCAAGGUCUUGAGGGCUGACGUCUGCGUGGUGGGCAUUGGUGCGGUGCCCGCCACGGGCUUCCUGAGGCAGAGCGGCAUAGGUCUGAAUUCCCGAGGCUUCAUCCCUGUCAACAAGAUGAUGCAGACCAAUGUCCCGGGCGUGUUUGCAGCUGGCGACGCUGUGACCUUCCCCCUGGCCUGGAGGAACAAUCGGAAAGUGAACAUCCCACACUGGCAGAUGGCUCACGCCCAGGGGCGCGUGGCGGCCCAGAACAUGCUGGCGCAGGAGGCGGAGAUCAGCACGGUACCCUACCUGUGGACCGCCAUGUUCAGCAAGAGCCUGCGCUACGCGGGGUACGGAGAAGGCUUCGACGACGUCAUUAUCCAGGGGGAUCUGGACGAGCUGAAGUUCGUGGCUUUUUACACCAAAGGCGACGAGGUGAUCUCCGUGGCCAGCAUGAACUACGAUCCCAUCGUGUCUAAGGUGGCGGAGGUGCUGGCCUCCAGCCGCACCAUCCGGAAGCGGGAGGUGGAGCUGUUUGUGCUGCACAGCAAGACUGGCGACAUGUCCUGGCUCACAGGGAAAGGAUCCUGA